ACUUCAUCUCUAAGUACGCAGCACUUGACUGAUUACGCCGCCAGGUAUUUGGGACGUGAUUAUGGAUUGGAGUCUGGGAGACCCCUAUGCCCGCCACCCAUUCCUGCGAGAUACUCUCGGCUAUAAGAAAGUAUGGAUGUACUACGCAGCCAUGGUCGUCGAUCCCAUCCUCCGCUUCAACUGGAUAUUCUACGCCAUCAUCCCCCUCCAGCUACAGCACUCCGCCAUAACCUCCUUCGCCGUCGCCCUCUCCGAAGUUUGCAGAAGAGGCAUGUGGACCCUCUUCCGCGUCGAGAACGAGCACUCCACCAACGUCGGCCGCUUCCGCGCCUCCAGAGACGUCCCACUCCCCUACGACCUCUCGACCCCCAGCCCCGAAGUCUCGAUCCACGAGCCCGGGUCAAGACCUGCAUCACAGCAAGCAGAGAUCAGUUCGCCCAUGCCCCCACCGCGCACGCCCGUCACUCCGGGCAUCAUGCCAGAACGCACGCAAACGGUCGAGGACGGCGACGUCGAAUUCGGUCAGGCGCAAGCAGCUGCUCGUCGUCGGGACCAGGAAUCUACCGAUUCCCCUAUCGCCCGCGGUCUGUCUCGCGUGGGUACGAUCCUCCGCAGCGCCCACGUCCAGGAUUUCGAAAAGAAGCGGAAGCCUGAACUCGGUGCUCGUGGUACUGCGAAGAUCGACGACGACGACACGGAUGACGAUGACGAUGAAGAGGCCAAUCAUAGUGGUAGUGCGAGUAGGGGAGGGAGCGAUAGCGGGGAUGCCCAGGCGGAGAGGCAGAAUGAGAGGGACAUUGCUGAAGUCAGACGAGAUGUCGACAUUGGCAGGGCUGGAGAAGGGAGUAGCUCGAAUGGUGCUGCGGUAUAGUUGACGAUGCUGUACCGAUCUGUUAGAGCGCGAUAUCCUAUUAUAUUCUAUCAUACGGCCAUAGUUCUUAUGAAUUUA